AUGAGAAGGUAUAACGAGGUUGUGGCCGGUAAACGGGAGCCGAAGAGCAGAUCGGCUUCGCGUGGCCUCGCAGACGACACCGUAAGGUUUUUCCGACAGCAAUCACUCGGCGCAAACCGGGAAUCCCCAAGCAAGACGUCUGCGUCUCGCGCAUCCGUAUCGCGCAUGACACGGAUGCCGUCUACAUCACCCACCAGAACUACCAAGACGAAAUCCGGUGCCGCUGCUGCGGACCAUUGGGCAGAGGAACGUGAAGAAUUUCAGAUGGACUUCUGCAUGAUGGCUGGUGUUGAGGCCUUCCAGCAGCUGACAAUCGAAGACAAGGCAGCUUGUGCGAAGGGAUGGCGUCUUGCGAAGGCCGAGUUGAUGCAGGCUGCUUGA